GCGCGUUCUCGCAGUUGAACGCGCUCGUGCUGUAACUCAAACCAGGCGCACACAUGCAACGACGGUGGGAGGGAGGCAGUGAGUGGAGUGGACUGGAGUGAGUGAGGGAGGCAAGAAGGCGGUGCACGGAGUCCCAUCACUAAAACAAACACCCCAGCAGCAUCCGACACACUCCUCGCUUUUUUUCCCCGAACACGCGUGUGACGGCGGCCGUGUGGUGCACGACGAGAGAGGCGCUGCACCAGCACCGAAUAGCUUGCACUCUCCAGCAACAUGGAACCCAUUCCAGCGGGCCGCGAUUCCAGCUCUUCACCGGGCUCCAAGCAAGAACUUUCCUACCCGCCGUCCAACAACCUGAAGCCCAACCAAGUGGGCGAGACGGUGCUGUACGGAAUACCCAUCGUGUCUCUGGUCAUAGACUGCCAGGAGAGGCUGUGCCUGGCUCAGAUCUCCAACACCUUGUUGAAGAACUACAGCUACAACGAGAUCCACAACCGACGCGUGGCGCUGGGCAUCACCUGCGUGCAGUGCACCCCAGUCCAACUGGAGAUCCUCCGCAGGGCCGGCGCCAUGCCCAUCUCAUCCCGGAGGUGCGGCAUGAUCACCAAACGUGAGGCCGAGAGACUCUGCAAAUCCUUUCUGGGGGCUCACUCGCCUCCCAAACUGCCAGAAAAUUUCGCCUUCGACGUGUGCCACGAGUGCGCGUGGGGCAGCCGUGGCAGCUUCAUUCCGGCCAGGUACAACAGCUCCAGGGCCAAGUGCAUCAAGUGCUCCUACUGCAACAUGUAUUUCUCCCCAAAUAAAUUCAUCUUCCAUUCGCACCGCACGCCGGAGUCCAAGUACACGCAGCCGGACGCGGCUAAUUUCAACUCGUGGAGGCGACACCUUAAAUUAACCGAUAAAAACAGCCAAACGGAUGUGUUACACGCGUGGGAGGACGUGAAGGCCAUGUUCAACGGGGGCAGCCGCAAGAGGACGCUGCCAGGCUGCGGGUCGGAGUCCGGCUCGCCUCUGAAGUCCCACGGUCCGAACCUCCACCGACAGUCCCCGGAGAUCCCCGCCAAGAUUCUCAACUGCGAGGACAACCGGGUGAGCGUGGGCCCGCGCAGCUACCCGGUCAUCCCGGUGCCCAGUAAAGGCUUCGGGAUCCUACAGAAAAUCCCGCCGCCGCUCUUCCCGCACCCGUACGGAUUCCCGGCGUUCGGACUCUGCCCGAAAAAAGACGACAGCAUCGUGGGCGAGCCAAGCAAGGCGAGCCUCCCGGGAGUCCUGUGGUCCGGUACCAAGGACAGCGCCUACCCGUCCUUCCCGGUCUUCUGGCCCGCUGCGGGCCCCCUCCCCAUGCCUCCUUACUCCCAGGGCCCACACAAACCUCCACCCGAGAUGCUACCUCUCCACAGACACGUCGACGUGGACAUUUCCGAGUCCACCGACACGUCCAAAGACAGCCUGGCCGACAACGACCGCUGCUCCAGCACCCAGUCGACGCGGAACGACGACGACAAGUCCGGGGAUGAGGCGAGGCCACUCGAGGGGCCCACCCUGGCCCCACGCAAGGCCAGCUACGUGUCCGCCUUCCGGCCCGUGGUGAAGGACGCGGACUGCAUCGCCAAGUUGUACGGCAGCAGAGGAGCCUACACUCGAACCGGCUACUUAUCACCCGACUUUUUAAGCGAGAGCUCCAGUUAUCGCUCCGUGUCUCCGUGCGUGGACAGCGAAGGCGAGGCGGACGUGGACGUGGAGACCAGUAAAACACCCGAGGACGAGGAGCCUUGCAGACCCCUGUCCUUGAUGGGUCCUCGAAGCCCCCCGGGGCUCACCCACGGCGUGUCCCCGAGCGACUCGGACUGCAAGGUGGCACCGCAGGAAAUAGAUCUGCUCGAGUCCCAGAAAGUGGGCCCACGCGUCGCUCCGCAGUCCUGCGACCGAGAAGUGCAGAGCAAACAGUUAGCACCGUUUAGCCAAGUUUACACACAAGAGAGGAGCGAGUUGCAACCUCGGAGCAGUCCUUAUCAUUUCAGACCUGCAAGCUACCAACCUGCGGAGCUUUCAAUUCAUGAUGAGACUACAAGCAAAGAGGAGCCGUCGUCCACGGUGGAGGAGGUGGAAAGCAAAUCUUUACUGGAACAAAGCAGCGACGAAAACCAGCAAGAGCAGGAUGAAGACGAAGAGUCAGCAAGAGCUUUGCACGCACAAAGAGGCAUUCGGACUCUUGCAAAAGAGGAACUACAGAAGCAACUGUUCGAGCAGGUCGAAUUGAGGAAAAAACUGGAACGUGAAUUUCAACAUUUAAAAGAUAACUUCCAGGAUCAAAUGAAAAGAGAACUAUCCUACAGGGAGGAGAUGGUCCAGCAGCUGCACAUCGUCAGAGAAGCUCACGACGCCUUGCACCAUUUCUCCUGCAAGAUGUUAACUCCUCGCCACUGCACGGGGUCGUGCACCUUCAAGUCUCCUCUGCUCCCACCGUGACGCACGCAAAGACUCAAACUCAGCGGGGAAACUUCCACUCGACGCUGUGAGGAAUAGACUCAUUUGUCGUUGUGAUAUUUAUUUAAAAAAACAAAAUGUGUACUGUCCAGCAUUUUGUGACGCUCUCCUUUGAUUUCAACGAAAACCAUUGAUAUUUAUUAUUUGUGGCAACGUGCAAUGAUAAUGUAUGUAAUCUAAGUUGUAAUAGUUAAUAGAGGUUGUUAUUUCUCUGAGUGAUAACUUAUUCAUAAAGUCUGGUGGAUUUUUUUUUUUUUUACUUACAUUUGUGGUUCUUAAUUGUCCUCACGCAGGCCGGUCGCUGACUUUAUUUUGGACAUCAUGCACUUUAAAUGAGUGAAACCAUGACAAGACUAUUAAAAUUAUUUGCUGCGGAAGACGUGACUUUUGAAGACUUGCAGACAAGUUGUGAAGCCCACGACUUUGUCUUUUAAAGCACAUAUUCGAUUCAACUGUUCAUGUGGUAUUUGUUUACACCCCC